AAAACCAGGUGAUUGGACGGCGACAUUUCCAGAUAUAUUUGAUUCAUAGAUAUGAUACUUUGGCAAAUACUGUCCUUUCCCAAUUAAUAUUAUUCACUAUCAUCUAAAGGCUUUUCUGUUUUUAUAUAUCCUAGUUGACGAGAUUCAGCUAGUUAGACUACUUAUAUAGCAUAUUUAGAAACCUAUCAUCGCUGUUCUUAAAACGACGUUUCAUGUUUAAGGAAUUUAGUUAUUAUUUUAGACAAGUUCUUUUUAUAGUUGUGUACGUAUUUUAAACUUCUAGUUAUGUGUGGAAGUUAUUUCAUUAUGUAGUAAAACGAGGCAGAUGAAAGAGAUCGAGUAUAACAAGUCGAAAUAUCACUAUCGCGAAGUCGCAAUGGGAUUGGUUUGGAGAGAUAAGUGGGUAGAAACUGGAAAUUUAUGAAUUUAAGCGAUCGUGUUCUUGGUGAUGAUGUUUGAAAAUUAUGUACAGUUUGCGAUAAAAUAAGAAAACGCCUGAAUGAUGCUUUCCAGUCGUAUCCUGAACUUAUCUAUAUUGGUGGUUGGUAAAAGUCCAGAACUAAGGGAAUUGCAGCAUUCAUUGCAGUGGCAAAAACGGAAGAUGAACAUUAAAGGUGACAUGAAAAUCGACCUGUGUGAAGUGAUUACCGAUGUUUUGAGUUCCGAAAAGGCGGCUGUUUACCAUGAUUUUGUUGUUUUGACAUUUGAUAUGCGGAUGUUUGAAAUUAAUAAUGAGAUAAGAUCUGCUCUUAAAAAACUCAAAAAACAAGUACACCUGCAUCGAGUAUGCCUCCUAAGUGUUGUUGAUGUACCAUCCUGUGAACAGAGAAUAGAUUAUGAUGAUAUUUCCAAAUUUACAGAGAAAUAUGGGAUACCAUGCAUAUUUGGUGAUAUCAGAUGCAAAGUAAAAUGCUUGUAUUUAGCAGAAAGAAUAUUGACACUAGUCUCAGCAACAAUGGGACUAAAGACUGGAAGACCAACUAUUUUUUAAAUAAUAAGUAAUAGAUUUUUAAGCUGUCUGGGGGAAAAAAAAAAACAUGUAUUUAAGGAGUGUAAAUAUCAAACACAUUUUAUUUAAUUGAUCUGGUCAACACUAGGUGUUAAUCAUUUUAUUUUGCUUUUAGUGUUUUUUAAGUUGAUUGAAAUUUUUAACUAAAUUUCUCCUUCGCUUUCUUCUUUAAGAUUUUAAUUUCUCAUUGAUUUCAUCCAUUUUUUCUCAAGAAUUCUUAGUACAGUAAUCCAAUUGGAUGAUGAUUCUGCAGAUAGUUCAAACAAUGAUUGUAAUCACUUGAUUUAUACAAU